GCGGCGGCGGCGGCGGGGACGAGGCGGGCGCUGACACCAUGGAGCCGCUGUAACGCACAGGCUGCGCGGCGCGCGGGGAGGGGGCGGAGGAGGACGCCGCGGCCAAGUUCUCCGCCAUGAACCUGAGGGGCCUCUUCCAGGACUUCAACCCGAGCAAAUUCCUCAUCUACGCCUGUCUGCUGCUGUUCUCUGUGCUGCUGGCCCUUCGUCUGGAUGGCGUCAUUCAGUGGAGUUACUGGGCUGUCUUUGCUCCCAUAUGGCUGUGGAAGCUAAUGGUCAUUGUUGGAGCCUCCGUCGGAACUGGAGUCUGGGCACGCAACCCCCAAUAUCGAGCAGAAGGAGAAACGUGUGUGGAGUUCAAAGCCAUGUUGAUCGCCGUGGGUAUCCACUUGCUGCUGCUGAUGUUUGAAGUCCUGGUCUGUGACAGGAUCGAGAGAGGGAGCCACUUCUGGCUGCUGGUCUUCAUGCCGCUCUUCUUCGUGUCCCCGGUGUCUGUCGCAGCCUGUGUCUGGGGCUUUCGACAUGACAGGUCGCUGGAGUUAGAAAUCCUGUGUUCUGUCAACAUUCUCCAGUUUAUAUUCAUUGCCUUAAGACUGGACAAGAUCAUCCACUGGCCCUGGCUUGUCGUGUGCGUGCCCCUGUGGAUCCUCAUGUCCUUUCUGUGCCUGGUGGUCCUGUACUACAUCGUGUGGUCCGUGCUGUUCCUGCGCUCCAUGGACGUGAUCGCAGAGCAGCGGAGGACGCACAUCACCAUGGCGCUGAGCUGGAUGACCAUCGUUGUGCCUCUCCUUACUUUUGAGAUUCUGCUGGUUCACAAGCUGGACGGCCACAACGCCUUCUCGUGUGUGCCCAUAUUUGUCCCCCUCUGGCUGUCCUUGAUCACGCUGAUGGCAACCACAUUUGGACAGAAGGGAGGAAAUCACUGGUGGUUUGGGAUUCGCAAGGACUUCUGCCAGUUUCUGCUAGAAAUCUUCCCAUUUUUGAGAGAAUACGGGAACAUCUCCUACGAUCUCCAUCACGAAGACAGCGAGGAAAGCGAAGACACCCCUGUUCCGGAGCCUCCUAAAAUCGCCCCCAUGUUCCGAAAGAAGACCAGGGUCGUCAUCACCCAGAGUCCUGGAAAGUAUGUCCUCCCACCUCCCAAAUUAAACAUCGAGAUGCCAGAUUAGAGACCACGUCCUGGACAGACCUGGUGGACCGGCGCUCCUCCCCACCCUGCCCUGCCUCGUGCUCACCUCCCAGAAGCGGCCCUGGAGCCUGAGCUGGCUCCGGGCACCUCCAUCUCAUGCCUUGUUUGCACUCAAUGCCUAGCGGGGACUCGCCCCCAAGGACAGACCGCUGGGGGUCCCGGGUGGGCGGUGGCCGCACACGUGGAGGAUGGCGGGCAAGUGCCUGCAGGAAAGGCCUCUCCCUGGGGCCAGGCUUCCCAACCAGCAGCCCAUUCCCAGUGGCAGGGCGCAGGAGCCAUGGAAGGAUGGCCACGCACUGUGGGCCCCUGCGCCCAGCUUCACAUCCGCCUCGUCUGUUCUGGGACCCAGUGAUGACUAGGUGCCAGCCUGGCACGGGGCUGUUCCGGGUAAUCCGGAGGAACUCACUGCUCAGGGGCUCCCUAGGGGCUCCCAUUCAGGCCUUGGUGGCUGCACGGGGCUGGCCGCUGACAGCACUUUCCAGGGGCCCCUUGGCAAAACUGCAGGGGGUGACUCGUGCCUGUACAGUAUUUAUACGACUCUUUUAGCAUUGUAAUAUACGGUGUUCCUUCCCGGUUCUGUGCAGCCUCUUCUGUGGGACUGUUUUCACUGGCGGUACGGGAGACAGCUCUUCUGUGGCAGAGGACCCAGAUGGCACGCCUGCCCCACCCCCGUGCCCCCUUCAUGGGACAUGGCCUGUCCCCCUUGAAUUUCUGCACAUACCUGGUAGCUGCUGCCGCCAGCACAGCCACGACCUUCAGAGGGUUUGGGCUUUUUGACAUUGUGGGAACACCGACUGUGCCAGAAAACAUUAUGACAGGGCUGGAGGAGGGUGCCGGACAGAGUGGCCGAGACCAGAAAUGGCCAGAGGUGGUCUGUGUGUGGAGCUGGACCCCAGGUGGGGUUCACACUCUGAACUGGGUCACCCACACUCCCAGAGCUGCCAGUACAGCCAGGAACCCCAGGGGUCCAUGGUGGACCCACAGGACAGUGGCCGCCACCUGACAUGCUUUGCUGCUACUCUGAGUGCGAGGGUGGGAGCACCUGCCUGCUCACCCAGGAGAAGCAUCUGGGUCUAGUGGGCACGUGGACCUGUCUCAGCCUGGCCCCAUCACCCCGAGUCUUGCCGCUGGCCAGCCCUCUGGCAGCCCCAUAGGGCGGGGGGGUGGGGGGCAGUGGUUCCGACAUGUGGAACGCUGUCACCUGUCCUCGGCGUGUGGCAAAGGGACCUCCAGACAUGCCUCCUCUCCCUGUAGCUGGUCCAUAAAACAGGCUGUGCCUUUUCCGGGACCCCGACAGUCAGGCCCUCCUGGUCGGGGAGCAGGAGUGGUUCUCAGUGAGCCUGAGGAUCCCUGGAGUUGCCCCCAGGUGGGGCGUGCAGGGCAGCGGCAUCCUCUAACACGACUGCAGCUGUCACGGGUCGGGCGGAACACAGGGGUCAGGGAGAGUCUCCCACGGCCUGAGGACCCCAGCAGCUGCUGGCCUGGCCUGGUGACUCGACAGGUGUGUUGUCAGCUUUCAACACCAUCUCGCCCUGAAGUCUGCUCUUCGGUGGUCCCUGGGCGAUGCCCACUCAUGUCUGUGGCUCGGUGUUGCUUUCCUUUAAAUAAAAUGCUAUGAGUCCUGGCCGCCGCCCUAGCGUCUCUGCCUUGAUGUGUGCACCUACUCGGUGG